AUGGAGAAGAGUAUGUCCAAGAAGGUAGACCCGACAUCCAGGUGCUGUCUAGCUCUCAUCUGCUUCUUCACUCUGGCAGUGUCGUUGGCCGUUGGCAUCGUUGUGGGAAAGUAUGCCCUUUGCUCUGAUGACAAGCAGGAUCAGACUCCCCCAAGUGUACAAGAAGAGCAGAAUGAUGGUACCAGAGAUAACCUGGAUAUCAUGAUGGAAGAUAUUAAUCCACAGAAUAUUGGAAACAUCCUCAGAAACUUGUCUCUUGUCCCCCACCUUGCUGGCGAGCAAAGGAACCAGCAACUGGGCGACUUCGUCCACAACUACUGGACUGACAUAGGCCUUGAUGAGGUCAAGUCAGUCAAGUUUGACGUGCUGUUGUCCUACCCGAGUGCCACCCACCCCAACCAGGUGUUCCUACUGGACAAGGCCAACAAUGUUGUAGCCGAGUCUCCCCUGGUGGAAAAAGUACUGACAUCGGAAGAAAACAGCACAGAUGUGGUAGCGCCCUUCCUGGCCUACUCUAAGGCCGGUUCUGUGCAGGGAAAAGUGGUGUAUGUGUAUUAUGGGCGAGUGGAAGAUUACGACGUCCUCGACAUCCUUGGCAUCAGCGUAAACGGCAGCAUCGUCAUUGCAAGAUACGGCAAAAUCUACCGCGGCGAUAAGGUAAAGAUUGCCGAGAAACAUGGAGCAAUAGGGGUCAUUCUCUACUCUGACCCUCAGGACUACCACCCGCAUUUUUAUAAGGGCGUCUACCCGAAAACCUGGUGGCUCCCCCCUACCGGUGCGCAGAGAGGGUCUGUCUAUGAGGGCAUCGAAGACCCCCUAACACCUGGAUACCCGGCGACAGAGUUCGCCUAUCGUAUUCCGGUGGAGGAGGCAGAUCCGCCAUUGCCAGGUAUACCAGCCCACGUCGUCGGGUACGGAUUUGCGGAGAAGAUUUUCAGAGAGAUGGAUGGCAUCAUGGCUCCUAUUGACUGGCGAGGGGAGCUGAAUGUAACCUACUGGCUUGGGCCCGGCUUCAAAACCCAGAUGUCUGUCAGGCUGAAUGUGACAACCCGUAAUGAACGUCGUCAAAUAACGGACGUCAUUGGCGUCGUGCGGGGCGAGGUGGAACCAGUCAUCUGUUUUGUGAAGAACAUCAUCUUCAGCAUCAACAUCAUAAGCAUCAUCAUGAACAACGACCUGACCAAAUGGUCAAGUGAUCAGAACAAGCGGACUAGACCAAAUGGUCAUAAGCAAUGGCAUUGGAUCCAGCCGUUUGGUUUCAGACCACCUUCGUCUGUCAGGCUGAAUGUGACAACCCGUAAUGAACGUCGUCAAAUAACGGACGUCAUUGGCGUCGUGCGGGGCGAGGUGGAACCAGACAGGUACAUUCUCAUCGGUAACCAUAGAGACGCGUGGGUGUUUGGAGCCAUGGAUCCGUCUUCCGGUACUGCCAUCAUGAUGGAGAUGUCACGUGCCCUCAUGAACAGAAUUAAGUCAAGUAACUGGCGUCCCAAGCGGACUAUUAUCUUCUGCAGCUGGGAUGCGGAGGAGUAUGCAUUGAUUGGAUCUACAGAGUUUGUACAGAAAUAUGUGAAGAACUUACUGAACAGAGCUGUGGCCUAUUUGAAUGUGGAUAUUGCUGUCGAGGGUAAUUAUACUCUGGACGUGAUGGGGACUCCCCUGUUGUAUGAAACAGCGGUCGAGGCUGCCAAACGGGUGCGUGUGCCCGACAAAGACACGCCUUUGUAUGACGAAUGGCGGGAUCGGAGGGAGAUGGUGGACCUCAAUAACAAGGGUUUAGGAAUACCAAGCUUCCCCAGUCCCGGCUCUGGGAGCGACUACGCCAACUUCCUGCAACUCGCUGGCGUCCCCAUCAUGGACUUCCGGUACAUAUAUAACAAGAAAAAAUACAAAAUCGGAUCCUACCCUCUCUACCAUUCAGAAUAUGAAACAUUUUACGCAGUAAAGCACUUUGUAGACCCAGAGUUUAAGUAUCACCGGGCUAUAGGACAAGUGUGGAUGGCUGCAGCCUUCACCCUAAGCGAGACGUCCCUUCUACCUUUUAACGUCUACUUCUACGCAUGGACACUGCAGAACCUACAAAAGCAGCUUGAUUUCGACUACAGCAACAUACUACAAAAGCAUCUACCUGACUACGAGAAGAACCUGACGAUGGCAGUUCAACAGUUCAGCCAAUCAGCUGCCGAGUUCAUGAAGAGACAACUGCACGUGAACCAGUCUGAUCCUUUGUCCGUCCGCCGCAUCAAUGACCAGCUGCUGCAACUAGAGAGAGCUUUCUUGGAUCCUAACGGAAUUCCAGGCAGAUCCUAUUUCAGGCACAUCCUGUUCGCCCCAAGCAGUGUCAACAGCUAUGCAGGGUCGUCAUUCCCUGGUCUCACCGAUCUGCUCUUUGAGAUUGACAAAUCAGAGGAUCCUGCUAAACAAUGGGAGAGAGUCAAACAACACUUCUCGGUCAUAUUGUUCACUAUCCAGUCAGCUGCCGCGACUCUCAGAGACCCAGCCCACUUCCUUUGAUAUGGAUUAAAAUUAUCAAUAUGCUUCAAGAUAUUGUGUAACAUAAUUCUAGUCUCAUACUGCUCAAAGUUUGGUGAGAUUUUGGUAUUGAUGAUGUUGGCAUAGAGCAAACUACUUCAAUAAGUUUCUUUAAAACUUCAUAUAUUCAAACGACCUAAUUGUUUCGAUAUGUGUCCAAAGUACACCGAAAUUCGGGCGAGACCCGUAAUUCUUAAUCCUAUCUGUAAAUCAGUUAUUACCUCCAUGCAUGGAGUAAUGUCCCUGUCUGUAAAUCCCGACUGACAUGAUCAGUCGGAGAGACGGUCUCCAGUCUGGGAGACUGAAGUUAUCAUCGACAGAUGCAGACGGAUUGUGCGGCUGGGCGUGGCGUCGGCCAAGGCCGUCGUCUCACCAACGACUACGUCGACGAUGAAGAAUAGACGUCUGACUUCUGCAUGUGUGUAUGUGACAGAGCGGGUCUCCGGUCACGUUCUCUCAAGUGAUCACCAUUUUAUGUACCAUUUCGACCUUUAUUCCCCCCAACAACAAUAAACAUGGCUGCUGUC